UCAAAAGAAUUAUAAAAAGCACUGAGAGAAAAGUCUUUUUUCUCUUCGACUCCGUUGCUUUCGUCUUCAACCUUCAAAUCUUUCUCCUCUCUAUCUCUUUGUGUGUAUUCCAGUUUCUAUAGCUCUACGUAUACACAGACGCCUUCUUUGCAUACCUAUCUAAAUCUCUAUGAAGAGGACACGUAUUCACUCCAAACCCUAACCCCGACCCAUCCCUCCCUCCAGAUUUGCUCCGGUCCCGAUCAACAUGAGUAAUCAGAAGAAGAGGAAUUUCCAGAUAGAGGCGUUCAAGCACCGAGUCGUGGUUGAUCCGAAAUACGCCGAUAGAACUUGGAAGAUCCUCGAGCAUGCCAUUCAUGAGAUUUACAAUCACAACGCGAGCGGACUCAGUUUCGAAGAGCUUUACAGAAACGCAUACAACAUGGUUCUGCAUAAAUUCGGGGAAAAGCUUUACUCUGGACUCGUUAUCACCAUGACUGCUCAUCUCAAGGAGAUAUGCAAGUCCAUUGAAGCAGCUCAGGGAGCUUCCUUCUUAUAACAGCUAAAUAGGAAAUGGAAUGAUCACAACAAAGCGCUGCAGAUGAUACGGGACAUUCUCAUGUACAUGGAUCGGACUUAUGUGACGACCACAAGAAAAACGCAUGUACACGAGCUUGGGCUUAACCUGUGGAGAGAUAACAUUGUUCAUUCCAGCAAGAUCCAGACGAGGCUUUUGAAUACUCUUCUUGAUUUAGUCCACAAGGAACGCACCGGUGAAGUUAUUGAUAGGUUGUUGAUGAGGAAUGUGAUUAAGAUGUUUAUGGACUUGGGGGAAUCUGUGUGUCAGGUGGAUUUUGAGAAGCCGUUUUUGGAGGCUUCUGCUGAGUUUUACAAGGUCAAGUCGCAGGAGUUUAUUGAAUCCUGUGACUGUGGUGAGUACUUGAAGAAAGCGGAGAAGCCUCUGAAUGAAGAAGUCGAAAGGGUAGCUCACUAUUUGGAUGCCAAGAGCGAGGAGAAGAUUACUAGCGUGGUCGAGAGAGAGAUGAUCACCAACCACAUGCAGAGACUAGUUCACAUGGAGAACUCAGGCCUGGUUAAUAUGCUUCUAAACGACAGGUACGAGGACUUGGCUAGAAUGUACAGCUUGUUCCGCAGGGUGACAAACGGUCUUGUCACAGUCAGAGAUGUAAUGACUCUGCAUCUUAGGGAGAUGGGGAAACAGCUGGUGACAGAUCCAGAGAAAUCAAAGGACCCGGUUGAGUUUGUGCAGCGUCUUUUGGGUGAGCGUGAUAAGUACGACAAGAUCAUCGUCACGUCGUUCUACAACGAUAAGACAUUCCAGAACGCGUCGAAUUCUUCGUUUGAGUAUUUCAUCAACUUAAACACCCGUUCACCUGAGUUUAUCUCUCUGUUCGUCGACGAUAAGCUGAGAAAAGGAAUGAAAGGCGUGAUAGAGGACGAUGUGGAGGUCAUCUUCGACAAGGUGAUGAUGCUGUUCCGCUACUUGCAGGGGAAAGACGUCUUUGAGAAAUACUACAAACAGCAUCUGGCGAAAAGACUUUUAUCUGGCAAAACAGUCUCUCACGACGCAGAGAGGAAUCUGAUAGUGAAGCUAAAAACGGAAUGUGGGUAUCAAUUCACUUCGAACUCGAAGCCGAUAUUACCAUGUAACCUACCUGCAGAAGUCUCUGUUCUGUGUGAGAAGUUCAGGUCAUACUACCUCGGGACGCAUACAGGAAGACGAUUAUCUUGGCAAACCAACAUGGGCACAGCAGAUAUCAAAGCAGUGUUUGGCAAAGCUCAGAGACACGAGCUAAACGUGUCCAAUUUCCAAAUGUGUGUCCUUAUGUUGUUCAACAACUCUGAUCGACUCAGCUACAAGGAGAUCGAACAGGCGACCGAAAUCCCUUCCUCGGAUCUAAAGCGUUGUUUGCAGUCAAUGGCGUUUGUGAAAGGCAAAAACGUGUUUAAGAAAGUUCCGAUGAGCAAGGACAUUGGAGAGGAGGACUCGUUUGUUGUGAACGAGAAGUUCACGGGCAAGUUCUACAAAGUGAAGAUAGGAACGGUGGUGGCACAGAAGGAGACGGAACCGGAGAAGCAAGAGACGAGACAUAGAGUUGAGGAAGACAGGAAACCGCAGAUCGAAGCAGCUAUUGUUAGGAUCAUGAAGGCGAGACGAGUGUUGGAUCACAACAACAUAAUCGCGGAAGUCACUAAGCAGUUGCAGUCUCGGUUCUUGGCGAAUCCGACAGAGAUUAAGAAGAGGAUCGAGUCGCUUAUUGAACGUGAUUUCUUGGAGAGGAACAGUACGGACCGGAAACUUUAUCGCUAUUUAGCGUAA